AUGAGUUCGGAACCGCCUCGCGCCUCGCUCCUCCGCGCCCUGUUUAAGAUGGAGCCGGCAGCAGCCGCCUCCGAAGUGCUUGGGGGAGCCUCGGAGUUCGUGAAAGAUCGGUUGUACUUUGCUACUUUAAGAAAUAAACCGAAAAGUACCGCAAAUACACACUACUUCUGUACUGAUGAGGAACUGGUCUAUGAAAAUUUCUAUGGCGAUUUUGGACCUUUAAAUUUGGCAAUGUUAUACAGAUACUGCUGUAAACUAAAUAAGAAAUUAAAGUAUUUCAGCCUAUCAAGAAAGAAGAUAGUUUACUAUACCAGUUUUGACCAGCGGAAACGAGCCAAUGCAGCAUUUUUGAUAGGUGCAUAUGCUGUGAUAUACUUGAAGAAGACACCAGAAGAAGCUUACAGAACACUUCUGUCUGGAUCUAAUCCACCAUAUCUUCCAUUUAGGGAUGCUUCAUUUGGGAACUGCACGUACAACCUUACGAUCUUGGACUGUUUACAAGGAAUAAACAAGGCCUUGCAGCAUGGUUUUUUUGACUUUAAGACGUUUGAUGUGGAUGAGUAUGAACACUAUGAGCGAGUGGAAAACGGUGACUUCAACUGGAUUAUUCCUGGAAAAUUUUUGGCAUUCAGUGGACCUCACCCAAAAAGCAAACUUGAAAAUGGUUAUCCUCUUCAUGCACCUGAAGCCUACUUUCCCUAUUUCAAGAAACAUAAUGUCACAUCAAUCAUAAGACUAAACAAAAAAAUGUAUGAGGCAAAGCGCUUCACUGAUGCUGGUUUUGAGCAUUAUGACCUGUUCUUCAUAGAUGGAAGCACACCGAGCGACAGUAUAGUUCAGAGGUUCCUCAACAUCUGUGAAAAUGCUGAUGGUGCCAUUGCUGUACAUUGUAAAGCUGGCCUAGGGAGAACAGGCACACUGAUUGCCUGUUACAUAAUGAAACACUACAAGUUCACACAUGCUGAAGCCAUUGCUUGGAUAAGAAUAUGUCGACCAGGCUCUAUUAUUGGACCCCAGCAACACUUCUUAGAAGAGAAACAAGAAAUGUUAUGGCUGGAGGGAGAUCUCAUCAGAUCAAAGCAGAAACAACGAGUAGUUGAUGGAAACAUUAACAGAGUUCUUUGUGGUUUGAAUGACAUGUCAAUCAGUGAGAGCCUGAAUAAAGUACAAGACUUGGAUCAAUGCAGGGAGAAGGAUUUUGAAGAUGAAGCAGGUGUGGAAACUCAGAAUGGCUUAACACAGGGAGAUAGGCUUAAUGCCUUAAAAAGUCGGAGACAGCAGUGUUCUGCUGCAACUGGAGCUCUGAGGUUGCAAGACAUGAAACUGCACACAAGGUCAAUAUCACAACCUUUCAGACUGAAUACUUCAGGUAGCACAGAAGUAUCCAUGUCUCCUCUGAAGGCCUCCAGAGUGAUGGCAGUUAAUUCACCAUCUGCAGAAAGAAUAAGCAGAAUUCCCACACCCUCGGGCUCUAACCUUAAAAGUGUUUCCAUAAACUCCAGACUAGCCAGUUCUCUAGGGAACCUGUAUGCUGCUUCAGAUGAUGAUGAAAGCAGAAUGACAUCAUUGUCCUCUAGGACAGGGUUUUCUGUAAGCCAUAUCUCCAGCCACUUGAACAGUAGCUUGCAGCUGCCUCACAGAAAUAACCAUGAACUGAACAACAACUUAUACAACAGAAGCAGCAGUAGUGGCAACAACCUGAGCAGCCAAACCAGUUUUCACAGCGCCGUGACAGAUGAGUAUGCAGCAGCCUUCCUUUAUGGGCCCUACAACUCCUCCAGCACCCUGCCAGAGUCAGUCAAUUCCCUCCCUUCGGUCUGAGUUUUUUCAGUACUAAAGCCUUGC